AUGAAAGGAUUUUUGUCGCUUGUUCUCGUCUCCAUCGCUCUCCUGCAGAUGACAGCAGCAGCACCCGCUGCGUCAGAGCACUCCCAAGGUAUUUCUCUUAUAGCACUGACAUUGUUUUCGCACCCGUCUUACAAGAAUGUCGACGACACAGAUGUCGAGAAGCGCAACGUUUGGUAUGGCCAAUACACUAAGGAUGAUACAGAUGUCGAGAAGCGCGACCGGUGGAUUGGCUCAUUCGUGCUUGUUAAAGACGACGAUGAAGUUAUUGACAACCCCGAAGAAGCACUAGGACGUCUCGGAGACCGCUGGCAGUUGUCUGGGUCGUCCUUCUGA